AUGAGGUUUUCAGUGUUCGUAUUGUGCCUGCUGGUGCCAGCUUUUGCGGUGCCAAGUUCUCUAAGGCUGUGGUCCAGGAGAGAGGACCGCUUAGUCGGUGGCACGGAUACCACCAUAACGGAGUACCCCUGGCAGUUGUCUGUCAUCUUCGAAGGUUCCCUCAGGUGUGGCGCUUCCAUCAUCAGCUCCAACUGGGCACUGACGGCCGCCCACUGCAUCGACGGCCUCUCAGCGUCAAUGCUGACCGUGCGUGCUGGCUCCUCGUACAGAAACAGUGGCGGAACUGUGCUCGAUGUUGCACAGGCCAUCAAAAACAAACUGUACUAUGCAAUUAACGUUGACUACGACAUUGCAGUGCUGCAGCCUGCUGAGCCGUUCCCGCUGGGGUCAGACGUGCAGCCAGUGAGCCUUCCAGAGGCUGGAUACGACCCUCCGAGUGGCCUUGCAGUUACUGUGACUGGCUGGGGACGGAUAGCCAGCGGUGGCAACGCCCCGACAGUCCUGCAGAAGGUGGACAUCAAUGUCAUUGACCGCACUACUUGCCAGGAUAUCUUCUUAGGCGUCAACAUGGUGACGAAGCGGAUGGUGUGCGCCGGUGAAGCAGGCAAGUCCACCUGCGAUGGGGACUCUGGCGGUCCGCUCGUCAGUGGUUCGACGCAGAUCGGCAUCGUGUCCUGGGGAAAUACUCCGUGCCAGGAGAGCGGCGCCGUGUUCACAAACGUCGGCGAACUUCGCUCUUGGGUUACCAACACUACCGGAGUGUAA